AUGGCAGAAUAACAAGCUAAGCCCUAGUAAACUCAAGAGAAAAGUGAAUUUUUCGAUAAAGUAGUCAGAGAUUACAGAAUCAUUAAACCCAUUGGAGAGGGUAAAUUCUCUGUGGUAUUUAAAGCAUAAAAACUUUCAGAUAAUGUAUAAGUUGCUCUUAAAAUCCUAAAGCUCAUAAGAUAGGCUGCAGCAAGGCAAUAAUUUCUUGAAGAGAGAAGAGUAUGGACAUAUGUCUGGUAAAUAGCUUCUGCACUUAGACAUAUGUUCCAAGUAAGAAUUAUGCAUAGAGAUUUAAAGCCAGCUAAUAUAUUCAUUGAUAUUCAAGAUAAUUUAAAAUUGGGCGACCUAGGUCUUGGAAGGGAUUUCACAUCGUAAACUAUGGAGGCAUACUCUAGAGUAGGAACUCCAUUGUAUAUGUCACCGGAAGUUUUAUAAGGCAGCGGUUACGAUUUUAAAAGUGAUGUAUGGAGCUUGGGUUGUAUUGCUUAUGAACUUUGUGCAUUGAAAAGUCCCUUCAAAGAUGAAACUAAGAAAAUGUCUCUAUAUGAUUUAUUCACAAAGAUCAACUAAGGAGUAUAUACACCUCUAAGUGCUUCUCGUUACUCAUCUGAGCUUAGGUAUUUGAUAGAUAGCAUGUUAAGAGUUGAUCCACAAGAAAGAGUAGACAUAAAUGAUGUUGUAAUUUAUUGCGAAAAAUAAAUAGCAACUCUUAAUAAAUCAGAUCAAAACAGUAAUGGAACAGGGAAAAAAGUAAAUAGAAUGGAUCCUAUAUUGAUAAUGGAUGACAUAAUCGAAAAACUUCAUUUACUAGACUAUUCUACAAAGUUUUGUGCUGAAAAAUAGAGAAAGCCAAUAUCUCGCACAUAUUUCGCUAUAAAGUAGGACUCUGAGCCCACUGACCUAAAAGUGAGAAAUUUUGUAGAAAUUUCAUAUUGGCUUAUGAGUCUUUGCUAUGAAGGACAAGAUGAAGUUAAUAUAAGUACGAAUAGUGCUAAUAGUUAAAAGCCUGGUAGUAAGAACGGAAGAAAAGAUCCAAGAAAUGCAAAAAGAACCCCAAGUGCAACAACUCCAUAGAAAAAAGAUAAUCCAUUUAAAAUCAACUUUGAUAAGUUCAAGUCAGAAUCAGAGGCAGUUGAUUAACUGUUAUAGGAUGUUAAAAAAUUUAAGGUUUCAUUGCCUGAACAUUUUUCGUCCAAAUAAAAUACAUAUGCAUCUGAUGAUGAAGAUGAAAUUAUAUAAGGCUCAGAUAUCGUUACAUCAUCUCAUAUGCCUGUUACUGAUUAAAAUUAAGUAGGGAGCAAGGAUCUUACUGAUAUUGCUCUAGUUCAAAAAAACAAAAGGAGAUUGUUCUUUUAGUAACUUAAUGAUGAAGAGUAAUCAGAGGAUGAUUUUCAUUCCUAAUUUAAAGCAUUGAUGACAGAGUCUUUGAAAGGCAGAACAACUGAUUUAUUUAAGAGUGGGGCAUUAAAUGCUAGGACUGGUUCUACUGCAGCAUCAGAAAACACACAGCUACUUACUAAAACUACGAUAUAAUACAAAUCGAAUUUUCAGGAACUAGCAACAAUAACACAAGAAAUAAUGACUACUAAUAUAGACCCAGUAGAAUGGUAAAAGGAAGUGAAUAGAGUAAAGGAUUAGUUGAGUUACAAGAUAUUUGAAGGAAAAAAUAACUUUUCAAAUGAAUCAGAUGAUGUUUAUAAUAGAAGAAAAUAAAUUUUGCAAGAUGCCAUAGUCUUCCAAGAUAAUAAAGUUGCUUCAGCGAAUGAUUUAAAACAGUUAGCAGGCAGAACUGAUAAUAAGCUCUAACUUUUGGAAGAAAUGGAACAAUAAUUGGCAGUGUUAGAGGAUAACAUUUUGCAAAAGCUGAGUAACGAAGACGGUGAAAUGAAGAUAAGAAAUAUGAAGAGCAAUCUUUCAGAGUUGAGAAAAUAAAUAGAUUCAAUGCAUUAGCGAGAGGGCAUUUUAAGAAUAGCUCUUGAGAAAUAGAUUUAGAUAAGCUACCUAUUAUCUAAGGAAAAGAAAAAGAGUUAUGAAAAACGUAAAAAGCAAAACACUUUAAGGAUAACAGAUAGGGAUGCUAUGUAAAAAGCAAAAAUUUAAAUGAUCCAAGAAGAACCACUGAUUGAAGACGAUGAGGAGUACUUUGAAAAAAUUCACAGAAAAGUUAAGAAAAGUAAAAAAUCAAUGGAUCUCUUAGGAACUGAUCUGGCUGUUACUGAUAAAUUGAAGAAAAAGGUAGACGAUGAUGAAGAAUAUAGCUGGGACUCAGAUUUUGAUUGA